CCUGCCGACAGUCCCAGGAAGCCUUCAAUUUUCCGCCGGACCGGUCAGAAAAAAAAAAACGAUGGAAGAUGCAGGAAAAUCUCCCGGACGCCUGUCAAGUGAUCUCAGUAAUAAUUACAUAAAUAAACCCACCUCAAGUAUUUAAGAUGUAACGAAUUACGUAGAGAAAAUUUCCGAAAAUGUCAGAUUUAUUCUCAAACCUCGAGCACAACCUCAGACUAGUGGAGGGAACCGGGGUUAGAGAAGUGUCGAAAGGUUUGAGUGAGCUCCUGGAGACGCUCUCGAGUACAUCCGUCCGCGCCAGCAUAUCCACGAACUCGCUGACCUCGCAGCAUCCUCUGACAUGGAACACCCUCCUCCUGCGUUGCCACCAGUGCCUGGUGAACCUCUCCAAAGGGACAAGAGACCUUAAAAAACCGGCUGUACAACGUCAAAGUAGCUGUUGCUACUUAUUAGCCCUGAUAAUGCGUUACGCAAGCACCCCCACGAGGGUCUACCUAGACCUCACGAACCUGAUGCAGCUCAUAACCGAAAUUGUAACCGAUCCAAUAUAUAUUCAGUGCCACAACGAGUACAUGGUGAUUCUCCACGAUUGCAUCCUCCCGAAUACUUUGUACCGAGCUCAGAUGACCCUAGACGACUGGCGAAACGUCCUGACCAUUUCCACGACACUCUACAAGUCCCAAUACUCUAACAAAGUCAUUCUGAUCGGGAUUGUAUGGAAAACCAUCCUGUACGGUUGCCAACGGGGGGAUUUUCACCGGGAAAUCCUGUCUCUCCUCCCCUUUCUCUCAAGGCUCUUCAAGGACGUCGUGAUCGAUCCCUCGACAAUGCUCAACCCAGCCUCUAAGCUCCUCAAGAUGAUAAUCCAACAGAUUGGUACGGAGAACCGGCGGACGUUGUGCGAAUUCACAGAGGAACUUCUCCCCUCAAUCCUGAGCAUCCUGAUGACAGGCGGAAGCGAGCAGGACGAGCUACUGUACCACAUCGUCCUUCUGCACCACCCGAGAGGUGCCACAAGGGCGGAAAGCACGUCCUAUGCGAACAACUGGUCGACCUGGAGGAAAAUCAUGCAGACAAUACAGAACUCGAUUUUUAGAACGCUGGAGCCUGUCCUCCUGGGGAGAGCAUUCCUGGCCCUAGGGGCUGAGGUGCUGCACCAGGUUGUGAUGGACGAAGCUUAUAGAAACGAGGAUGACAGUGGAAUGGACGAGGAUGACGAGGCGCUGGGCCCUCAGACCAAACGUCGCAAGCUCUCCCACAGCAUUGAGACCCCCCUGGACCUCCUCGGUAAGGAAUUUAGCAGAAAGACGUUGGAGAAUCGUUGGCCAGUGGUGCAAUUGCUUACAGCGCUCCUCACGAAGUAUCCGAGGACUCUUAAGCCUCGCCAUUUUCAACCGAUUCUCAAAGUCACCAGCGAACUGUUCACCGGUGCCACUAAGCAUGCCAAGGUCAUGGAUACCCUCUGUCGUCUGGGGAGAACGUUGAUCAGAAUUGAGAGGACGAGCGUUGAGAAUGUUGAGAAAGAAAACUGCAAGCAUUGGGAUAAGAUUUUUGAUAACGUUCUUAUCGCUUUGGGGAAGGGCCUCAAUGAAGUGGAGGGCCACAAGUUGCUGCAGAUGCUGAUAGAGUAUCGAGGAGUACACAAUGUCAAUGCUUUCGUUAAUCUCUACUUCACGAAUGCCAUCAAGUGGUCCACUUCAAGCGUUGAGACACUUCUGGUUCUCUGCGAUCAUGUUGUUAUUCUGGAGGACCUCAGACCCAAUUCUGGGAGGUGGGAGGGUGAGUCUGACAGGCAGAGGCUGAUUAGAUGGGGCCUGGAGGUACCAGGAUACAGGGUUCUCUCAUCAGAUGCUCUUGAAAAGAUGUCUAGACUCGUCGUCGGGCUGGUUUUGAAGACAUGGGACAGACGGUUCACGAAGUUCCAAAUUCCAGAGGAAGUUGAUCUGCUGGAGUUCAGCGAGGAGGACCUGAGGGCCAUCGAGUCUGUCCAGAAGUGUUAUCUGUCUUUGGACUUUGAGACGGAUUUGUUUGAUGAGGAAGUUACCAAGUGCCCGGAGAAAUCGGAGCCCCUGAAGCUUUCGAUUGCAGAGAAAAACUUCAAUUUUUGUCUUGAAAUGAUCUCCGAUCUUCUGGACUUUCCUGCUGAACUGCCAGAAGACGUCAGCCCUAUCAUCUCCAGGUUGACCAUUGUCGCGAUAUGUCUGUCCAAUCUUCUAGAACUGGAGGUUGAGUCAGGGGAGCUAGAGUCAUUGAUCUCUGAGUUUGUUAUUCAAUUUGGUGACGUGCUAGAAACGAUGAGCAGGAGUCAAAAAUUGGAGCGAGAGGACGCUCAUAUAGCCGGGAUCCUGCGAGCUUUGGUGACGCUAUUCUCGUCCAGAUAUCACAAGAGAAUAGCCACGAUUAUCCUGGAAGGUACACCCGGGGAAAUGCUCAAGUGUCUCUUUGUCAUUCUGAAUUUUGAGGAAAUUAGUGAACCGAGUGACGUGCGACAACUGGGGAUUAAGUAUUAUGAAACGAUUUUUGAGAUGAAGAGUUCGUCCGAGGAGAAGGAAUCACAGAUCACUAUUGGCACUCAUCAGGUUCUCACGGCGUUCUCCCUCCUCCAGUCUGGCGUGAAAAUCUCCGACCGCCAGUUUAAAGUCCUGAAGAAUCUCUUGAAAGCUGAAAUUUACGAAGCGAAAUUUCUCGCAAAUCUGUGGAAGGCCCUUACUCUUCUCCAAUUAAUCCUCAGAACUCCACCUGAAUUUUUCCUCAACGAUCUCCUUGUCCACAUUGGGAACUUCAUACUGGAUCUGUUCCAGCUGUGGAACAAGGACUUUGACGGGUUAAAGGGCAUCCUCGAGCUUCUCCCAGGGUUCGUUGAGCUUUUUUCAAGGGCUGAGAUCGAGUAUGAGGGGCUCCUAGAAGUUCUCAGGACUUCGAUAGCCACUCGGGAUAAGGGGUAUUCAGGACCUUUGAUCCAGACAACUCUUCUGAAUGCCAUGUACAAAGUAAUGAAGUUCAAACCUUCGUCGAGUUAUCACCUGAUGACCCCUGGCGAUCUCUUCAAGUAUGUUAGCUCUGAUCUGUACGUUGUGCGUUUUGAAUCUCUGAAGAUACUUCACCUGCUCUUCUCAAACGCGAUUCCCAUUCUCCAUAAGAAGCACCUGUUCGAGAAGAUCGAGGAGAUUGAGAUGAGCGAGACCAAUAGCAUUUUUGUACUCGACCAGGGUCUAUCCCCGAAAGCUCUGGAAGAUGAGGAAGUGAAUCGAACAGUCACUGCCCUCUACGUCUUGGGGACUGUCAUUCACGCCAGUGGAGUCUUCCACCCUCAAGCCCUCAACAUAAUGUUCAGACUUCACACGAAGCGAAAUCAAGACAUAAAUCUCAUGAAGAAGAUCCUGUCAGUUGUCAUCCCGAGGGAGAACCAACGACUGACUCUGAUCAAUAACAAUCUCUACGACUUGAUGAAGACUGGAAUGCAGGAAGGGGCGUCCAUGGGGAGCUUCUGGAAAAUGACGAAGUGUCCAUCGGAGGUAGAUUUCUACGAGACAUAUAUCGGGAUAUUCAUCCUGAUUAAAUUAGAGGUCCACGAGUUCCAUAAGAUCGAGAUGUUGUGUCAGAGCUUGGGUGUUCCCUUUGCCAAAGCUAUCGAGGAUAAUUUCCCAGUUAUUCUGUCUUGGAUGCUGGCUGCCAUGGUCACAGUACCCGAUCGAGCGGCCCGUCACUAUUUGGAAGACGUUUACACCAAGUUGAAGGCGAAUUUAGGACCCUUUACUCACGUGAGGAAAUUCCCAGAACUCCUGGAGGAGAAGUUAUCACAUGUUCUCCUGGAAUUUAUUCAGAGACUCCACGACAGGGAUCACUUUAUAGAGAACUUUCAGGUGCCCAUUUACUUUCCCAAGAUGACAGUCCCCAAUUUCAAGUACGAAGUCAUCGUGAAGGCUUUAGAAGAGUUGAAGAGAUGUGUCAUGGGGGAGUCGAGAGGUUCUCUCGUUCAGUAUCUGAUUGUCAAGCAUCCUGAUAUGGUGCAGAAGAUCCUCUCGACCCUCGUGAGGAACAUCUACGAUCAAACAAUGAUCGAGUACAAACUAAAAGUCUUUCACCACUACUCCUUUUUCUGCCAACUGUUGAUAUCCGAAAUAUGCGAGGAAUACUUCAACGAAAUGUCGACAUUUGUCGUUCGCGAUAUCUCCUACACGCUCGUUCACUUCUUCAAGGACAGUAACACCCUCUUCCUCCAAAUAGUCUUGGAUUUCAUGCACCAGUUCCUGAAGAAGCUCCUCCCUUCGCGUUUCAGAGAGGUCUCUGGAAUCCUCAACUACUUGACCACGAAUUUGAUCUCCAUCAUUCAGUCUUCCAAAGACAAACAAGCCAUUAAAAUUUUGAAGCUGUUGAUCACUGAUAGCACAAAGGAUCUCCAGGAUUCGAUAAAGACCUUGGGGGCAUUCCCGAACACCGAAGAGUUUGAUGGAAUUCGGGCCAUCUACAACUCUCUGAAGGAGACGAGGAAGGAGGCUUGGUCAUUGGCUGGUGAGAUGGAGCACUUUCUCAACGCAGGACAAGAGAAGACUCUGAGCUGCAGCAUCGAGGGAUUGAUACACUUGAGGAGGCAGUUGUCCGAACAUCGAGAUGAGCUCCAGAGGAUGUAUAAGGACCUGGAGAAACUCAGGGGCUUCGCCGAGGACUGCGCCGCCAGUGUCUUACACAGGUUGACGUACAGAUUGAUCAAGUUGACAGAGUCUUCAAACGUGAGCAUCGCUCUGGAGGCGGCCAAGUGUCUAGGGGAGCUGGGGCCUACAGAUUUGACGACAAUGAUCCUUCAUCCUGAGGAGGGCCACUUGCGGGAGAGUGCGGAGGCCAUCGACAUGCUGACGGAGACCAUAAUCUCAAAGCUGUCGGAUUAUCUGAUAGAAGACAGCCUGGAGCUACGAGAGGCAUCUUCAGCGGCUCUUUACAAGGUUUAUUCAUCUCACUGGGGGCAGUUGAUCAUCAAGAAAUACAGGAAGGGCCUUGGGAAGGGCGACACAGGGGAUGCGAUGUUAAGAAUCCUCCAGAACACUCGUCCGUUCCUGAUAAAGUCGCCUGCAAGGACCAGAGAUGUUCAUGUCGAUGAUGAAAAGUGCGCGAUGUACUUCAUCGAGAGAACUGACAUGUGGAAGGGCGAGGACGGGAGUUCGUACACUUCCUGGAUCAAAAAAAUUACCUGCACAGUUCUUGGGUGCUUUAAGGAGUUGUAUACCUCUUCCCUGAUUCCUGUGUGCAAAUUGAAUGUGGAAUUCUGUGAAAGCAUUCUUCCCAGGCUGAUCUUCCUGCUGGUUAACACUGUUGAGGAGUUAUUGGAUCAUGUCUGUUGGUGCAUCAACUUAUUUUUCGAGGGGUACUGUCAGGCUGCUAAUUUGGUUGAGCAGACACUGUCGCCGACCGGGCCCAGGGUGGAGACCUUCAGCCAUCAGUCGGUUAGGUGCAUGUUGAACAUUGUCAACUUCCUCCGCAUCCAAUCUUCGAACAAUUUCGAGUCGAAGUUGAAUUAUCUCCCGAUUGCGAAGGCCGCCCAGUACUGCUCAGCGUACUUCACCUCCCUCCUAUACGCAGAGCUGUCGUCUGAGGCUCUCAAGAUGUCCCUCCGGCCCCGUAACAACAUAUCGGUGAUUGAUCACCUCCGCGAGACGUGUCCGGACGAGGGCAAGGCCCUCCAGGAGAUCCUCCGGGAAGCAUUUAUCAAGAUCGGAGAUCCGGAUUCGAUUCACGGCUGUGGGCUUUCUCAUCUGAAGGACCAGUCCUCCCGUGUUCAACACUACAUUCAAUUUAAAAAAUGGGACAUAGCCAUGACCGCCCAGGACGUGGAGCUCAGCUCUGGAUUCUCGUGUUCGAGAGGCAUGAUCACUGUUCUGCAGCACACGGGCCUAGACCACCUUCUGAGUAAAUAUCUCAGCACGAUUAAGAACGAUGAGAACGUGGAGGAGUACGCUUACGAGACGGCUUGGCGUCUCGCCGACUGGAACAUGAUCUGCAAGCCAACCUCCGACUGCAAGACAACGAUAAGCAGUAAUGAUUACGAGUACCAUCACUACCACUCCCUCAAAUGCCUCCACGAGACCGAUUCCUCGGGUGUGAAGAAUUCCAUCGAGAACGCCAGAUUAAGCAUUAUCAAUUCCUUCAGAAAUAUCAGUCUCGAGUGUAGCCAGACGAUAUAUUCCAAGCUCUUGAAACUCCAAAUGCUGCGGGAGGUUGAAGAACUUGAUCAGAAGAGAGUCGAGCACUGGCCGGAGGUCAUUGCCGACUGGAGACAACAGGACAUCUCGAAUCUAAAUGACUUUCCGUACAUCGAGCCUCUCCUUUCUCAGAGGAUAGCCAUGUUCAAGAUUGGUCAUAACUCCGGCGAUGAUUUGUUACUGAAGAAUUCCAUAGUCGAUACCUACCUCGAACUCUCUCGAGUUGCGCAAGCCCAAGGGCACUUGCACAUAGCGGGGCGAGCACUGGAGUCCUUAGGAAGGACUUCUUACCUCUCAGAAGAGAUGAAAGAUCGUCUGAACUAUCAAGAAGCCGUUCUUGCUUGGACGAGGGGCGAUCAAACGAUAGCUAGGUUCUUACUUCGGAAUAUCAUCACGAAGCCAGAGAAGAAGAUAAACCCCAGGCUGUUGGCUCAGAGUCUCAAACUCUGGGGCAACUGGAUGGCAGAGACCAAGUCAGAGACGCCUCAAGUUAUUGAGGAGCAUUACCGAAGAUCGAUCGAGAUCAUCAAGUCUGUCUCAUCGCUAACACCUGAAGACUUGAAGAAUCUGAAUGAUACGAGAGCUGCCUUUGCACAGUUUGUAGAUGCUCAAUAUGAAUACACAACGGAAUUUAUGAAGACACCGUUGUUUGAGAGUCUGAAGCAGACAGCAAAGUUCGUGAGAGAAGGAGAUCUCAGGGCGAAACCGCAGGGCGACAAGAAUGUUCUCUCCGCGAUGCACAAGAACGAGAGAACCGACAAGAACGACUCGGCUGAGUACGAGAAAAUUCAAAAGGAACAGAGUAUGUAUUUGACUCUGGCUGUUGAGAACUACUGCAAGAUCCUGAUCGACGAUAACUACAACGACUUCUUGGUCUUUCGUCUGGUCUCUCUCUGGUUUAAAAACAUGGAGCAUCACCAGCUGAAUAACAUCCUCGAGGACUACCUCCACUUAAUACCUAGCCACAAGUUCAUCGCAUUGAUCCCUCAACUAGCUCCUCACAUUAGUACGGAAAGAAAUCUCUUCUCGAGCAAGAUAAACUCUCUCGUCCGGAGAUGUGCUAAAGACCAUCCGCACCACGUACUCCCGGGCUUGUUGUCCCUCCAUAAUACCAAUAAAGAUACCGAGUUUCAGAAGACGAAGACUUCGUCGGAACCCGUUAGAGUAGUGGCAGCUAAGAGGAUUCUCGCCGAACUCAUGAGGACUGACCUCAAGAGAAUAAUUGAAGAGAUGACGAGGAUGGCAGAAGCUUUAAUGAUGUUGGCUUACUACAAAUUUGAUAGGAAGCGCACUGGAAUGGAAAUGAAGAUACCUACUAACCAGCAGAUCUACAGGAUCAAGAACUUCCAGAACUGCAUGGUACCGACUAUAAACCUACAAGUGCGACCGGACGGUAACUACGAUGAUGUUGUUGGCAUUCUGGAGUUCAAGAGCAACUUCGAAACUCUCGGAGGGAUCAACGCCCCCAAGAAGAUCUACUGCGUCGGAAUGGACGGUAUUACUUAUAACCAAGUGAUUAAAGUCGACGCUGACAUAAAAAACGACAGUAUCAUGCAGCAAGUAUUCACCGUCAUGAACUCGAUGUUUCGAAGUUCCAAGGAGACGAAGCGGAGAAAGUUGAACAUCAGAACGUACAAGGUUGUCUCCUUGUCUCAGCAGUCGGGAGUUCUCCAAUGGUGUGACAACACGAUCCCCAUGAGCUCAGUGCUGAUGGGACCGGAUGGCUUGCAUGAGAAGUAUCAUAACAACGACUGGAAGCCCGAAAAAUGCCGGGGGAUGAUUGAUGCAGUACGGAAUGCCUCCAACGACGAGCGACUCAAGGUCUACCUCAAGAUCUGCGAGCACUUACAUCCGGCAUUUCAAUACUUCUUCCUGGAGAAGUUUCCAUCACCCGAGACGUGGUUCGAGAGGAGGAUGGCUUAUAUAAGGAGUGUCGCGACGACGUCCAUGGUGGGAUACAUCCUGGGACUUGGGGACAGGCACUUCAGUAAUGUUUUAAUCGACCAGACGACUGCUGAGGUUGUGCAUAUUGAUUUUGGAAUUGCUUUUGAACAAGGCAAGGUCCUGCCCAUUCCUGAGACCAUUCCGUUCAGGUUGACGAGGGAUAUGGAGGCUGCGAUGGGGGUAGCUGGGGUGGAGGGGGUCAUGAGGAGGUGCUGCGAGGAGACCAUGGGGGUAUUGAGGGACAGAAGGGAGAUGAUUAUCACUCUUCUCCAGGUUCUCAUUUACGAUCCAUUAUUCACGUGGAGCAUAUCACCGUAUAAAGCCUACAAGAUGCAGAGCGAAGACUCCAACAGAUUCAGCGACUCUGGAGAACAAGAUGCUAAACCGACAAAUAUGGCGGAAAGAGCCCUAUUAAGGAUCGAUCAGAAGCUCCAUGGUACCGAGGAGGGAAUAGCCACGAGCAUCGGUGGACAGGUCGAGAGGCUCAUUCAACAGGCGAGAGAUCCUGCCAAUCUUUCGCGAAUUUAUUGCGGCUGGCAGGCCUAUCUUUAAAUUUUAUUGUGAUAUAAAUAUUUAAUGACAUGUUUACUACCCAGUGCUGGCUCUCAUUAUUUUUACGCUGUUUGGUUAUAAUGAAGUUGGAAUUUUAUUCUGAUGAUUAACAAUAAAACCGUUUUAUACUUUUUUA